UGCACCAAUUUAGGAUCAUACACACAGCAACCUUGACAUAAUCGAUAUCUUUCAUCGCCUACGGCAACGCUUCAUUUGAAUCAACACUCCUUCCUCUUCCUCUCUCUCGUCCAUUUUAGUUGUAAGACUAAGAUCUCAUCUUAGAUUCCAUUUUGUCUCUUCAUUGCCCCCAAAAUAACUUUAUUUUCUCUGAAUUAUUGCCUACAGCAACUUUGAAUAAUUCUCCUUCGUAUCAAGUCUUCCUCAUCUUCACCACCUUUUUAUAUUUAUGUGUCUAAGAACAUAAACUAAAAAACCAAGGCGAGUGAAAGAAAAAAAAUGUCAGGUGUGUCUCUAGCAGUGUCUGGUCCACCAGCAGCAACAGUGGCUGAAGCAGCAGGUACAAAGCCUAAACGAAGAACAGAACAGGCACCAAUGGGUGGCAUGAUGGGUUCACUGCGCGUGAUAGAACUUCAGCUGGUGGCCUUCAUCUUGGUGUUCUCAGCAAGUGGCCUCGUCCCACUCCUUGAUCUAGUGUUCCCUGCAUUCGCCUCUGCAUACAUCUUGGCACUUUCACAAUUCGCAUUUCCAUCGGCGUCUUCGUCGGGGACUGAGAUCUUCAAAGGGAGCAGAUUGUUCCGAAUGUAUGUUGUUUUUGGCACCACCGUGGGGCUGUUCUUGCCGCUGGCUUACGUGCUUGGUGGGUUUGCAAGAGGGGAUGAGCAUGCAGUGCGUUCUGCCACCCCGCACUUGUUCUUGCUAUCGUUUCAGAUACUCACUGAGAACAUUAUUGGUGGUUUGUCUCUGUUUUCGCCACCCGUGAGGGCGUUGGUGCCAAUCAUCUACACAAUUCGGAGGAUCUUUGUGGAUAUUGAUUGGAUUCAUGAUGUCUGGCUCAACAAGACUUUGCCUGUCAAUGCCAAAUUUCAGGACUUGGCAUGGUAUUGGUUCGGAAAGGGUCUGGCAGUGGCCAAUCUGGCUUAUUUCUCCAUUAAUCUAUUUGGGUUCUUGAUACCCAGGUUCCUUCCAAGAGCUUUUGAGAGGUAUUUCCAAGAGAAGGGAGAGAUCUAUACCAAGUCAGCAGAGGAUAAAAGAUCUGUGGUUGUCAACAGAACCCAAUUAUCAGAAAAGAAGACAGAUUAAGAGCUAUAGCCAAUUUUGACUUCACUUGCAAUUUUAAACACUUUCAGCAUUUUUUUUCCUUAGAAAAUAGUAAUGAAUGUGUAUGAUGAUAUGUGAGCCUGGACUUAAAAAUCUGGCUCUCCGUUACAUUAUGAAACUAUAUAUGGCUUUUGGAUAAAUUUUAUGUAUCAUACAGGUUAAUUCAAUAUUUGCUGAUUUCUUCUA